ACCCAAAGACGUGCACACACAUCUUAUCUUAGUACGUAACAAGCGCAUGCUGUGAGUGGACGUGGACUUAAAAAAAAUAUUUACUGUUUUUUCUUAUUUUAAUCUCAUAUUUGUGCCAUUUCAUUUUAGAAGUGUAAAAACACAAGCCACAACAUGAAUAAAGAGAAAUAUGUUACAAGUGAUGACGUACUCCAUGUGCGAAACCAAUAACAAUUCCGCGACGCUUUGAGGCCCAUCUAACGAUCUACGAUCGAUGGGCAUUUUUAUAGUAGGUAGGUAGGUAUAUUUAUAGUAUUUGUCACAUUAUUAUUGAAAAGAACCUUUCCAUGUGGGGAAACACUUGUGAAUUGUGAUGAAUACCAAUUAGCAAGUCUGGUCUCUGAGAGUUAUACUCUAUAAUAUAAAGGAUCACUCGCUAACUGAAUCACUUCAGUCGUAGAAAACCUACAAAUAUGGCAGUUUACAAUACUCACACCAUAAGUUUCUCUAUAAUUUUAUUAAUAGUAUUCCAAAACUUAACAAAUGGAAUAGAAGUAACGGAAACAAAUGAAAAUCAUAGAGAGCAAGAGAAUCUUCAGCAACGGGAACGCGACGAAAUACAAAAUAAUGAUAUUAAAAGCGAAAACAUUGAUGAGAAUAAUCAUACGCGAGUGAAGAGACAGUUUGGUUUUGGUUACUAUCCUUACUAUGGAGCAGGUUUUUACAGACGUCCACUACCGCUACCCAUAGUUCUUGGGGGAUUUGGCGGAGGUUUUGGGGGAUACGGAUCGCGAGGUUUCGGAGGUUUUGGAUUUGGCGGUCGAGGUUUUGGAGGUAGAGGAUUUGGAGGUAGAGGAUUUGGCGGAAGAGGUUUUGGUGGACGAGGUUUCGGAGGUAGAGGUGGUUUUGGAGGUAGGGGUGGCUUUGGUGGACGUGGUCGCGGAUAAUAGGUUUUAAAAAAUAUUUUCUAAUAAAAGUGUUAAUGAAA